AUGUCUUCUGGAAAACGUCCAGCUUCUGGGUCCUUUGGAUCAUCUCAGAUGGUUGUGAAGAGACAGAAUGUAGGCAAUGACAGCACAGCUUUAUCCACCACAAAUGGUUCAAGUGGCAAUGGCGCGCUCAUUCAAGCAGUACCUCGGACGAGUGGUUUGCAAGCUCCAGUAAUGCAAUUGGAAGGACAUUCAGGAGAGGUAUUUGCUGCCAAAUUCGAUCCCAAUGGAAAUUAUAUCGCUUCAGGGUCAAUGGAUAGAUCAAUUAAUUUAUGGAGAACAUAUGGAGAUUGCGAAAACUACGGAACUUUAACAGGACAUAAGGGCGCAAUAUUAGAUUUACAAUGGUCGCGCGACUCGAGGGCCUUGUUCUCGGCAUCUGCAGAUAUGCAUCUAGCCAGUUGGGAUUUAGAAACGGGUACAAGGAUACGAAGACAUGUUGGACACGAAGAAGUAAUCAAUUGCAUGGAUAUCAGUAAAAGAGGAGAGGAACUUCUCAUAAGUGGAUCAGACGAUGGGUAUAUAGGCAUUUGGGAUCCAAGGACAAAAGCUGCUGUCGAUUUCAUCCCUACUGAGUUCCCUGUCACGGCUGUCGCAUUAGCUGAAGCUGGAAAUGAGCUGUAUUCUGGUGGAAUCGACAAUGAUAUCAAGGUGUGGGAUAUGAGGAGAAAGGCUGUGGUAUAUUCUAUGCUUGGCCAUCAAGAUACGAUUACAUCGCUUCGCGUUUCACCGGAUUCUCAAACACUCUUAUCAAAUUCUAUGGACUCGACGGUUCGAACAUGGGAUAUCAGACCAUUUGCGCCCACUGAACGACAUGUCCGAACCUUUGAUGGCGCCCCGGCGGGAAUGGAGAAGAAUUUGAUUCGAGCAAGUUGGGACCCAACUGGGAAGAAAAUUGCCGCUGGUGCUGGAGAUGGCACUGCUGUUGUUUGGAACAAUGAGAACGGUAAAAUAUUGUACAAAUUACCUGGUCACAAAGGAACGGUUAAUUGUGCCGAGUUAUCACCUGGAAAAGAUCCUAUAAUUCUUACCGCUUCUUCAGAUCGUACAUUACUCUUGGGAGAAUUGAAGUGA